UGUUGCAGAGGUCUCCGUCUCCUCGGGGUUUGCCUCCCAUCGACCACAACCUGGUCAUCACCGUCGGCAACGAGCUGAUUGGACCAUCCGGCUCCGCCCCCUCCCGCCAUCAUGACAGAGACUACCUUCCUCGGCCCGAGUACGAGAGGAGCCGGAGCCGACCCCAGAGCCGCAGUCCGGACCGGAGCCGAGCUAAGAGCCUGGGCCGUAGCAAGAGCCAGCUGAGGAGCAAGAGCCGGGGGCGGAGCCAGAGCCGCAGUCUGGACCGGAACCGGGGGCGGAGCCAGAGCCGCAGUCCGGACCGGAGCCGGGCCAAGAGCCGGGGGCGGAGCAGGAGUCGGAGUCCGGACCGGAGCCGGGCCAAGAGCCGGGGGCGGAGCAGGAGUCGGAGUCCGGACCGGAUCCGGGCCAAGAGCCGGGGGCGGAGCAGGAGUCGUAGUCCGGACCGGAGCCGGGCCAAGAGCCGGGGGCGGAGCAAGAGCCGCCCUCAAAGCAGGUCCAGGUCCAGGUCCAGGGGGCGGAGCUACAGCCGGGCGGCGAGCCGCGGCCGCAGUAAGAGCCGUCCGAGGAGCCGUAGCUCCAGCAGCAGCUCGUCCUCCACCAGCGGCAGCGAGAGCGGCGAGAAACCUCCGAAGGAGUUCAGGGAGCUGCAGACGGCGCGGCGCCGGAAGGAGCUGGAGGAGAUGCUGAGCCUGCCCACCAAGUCCAUCCUGAAGAGACGCAACGACUCGGAGGACUCGCCGUCCCUCAGGGUACGACUCGCACCACGGGGUGGCCCCCCGACGGAGCACAAGAAAACGUGUUAA